AUGCAAGGAAACAGUGGCAUGAGUAAGGGUGGCUUUCGGAACUUUUACCACUCCUGUCUCUUUUGCAGCAGUGUUUUGCAGAGGAUUUGAAGUUGCUCGGUUUCAGAGUAAGGUGAUCUAUGAUGACCAGAUUCAGUGUUGAAGCCAUAGGUAUGGAGUAUUUUUUGACAGAGAUACUUUAUUUAAACAAGGUACACGGACACAUGUUUGGUUUGCUGGUUUCAUUAAUCCAUUUUUAAGCAGAGAACAAUUACCUGCAGUUUAUGUAAAUUAGUAAAUCUGACACACCAAUUUUGAAUGUUUUCUCUCAUAUCGUUGAAAACUCCUCCUCCUUAAUUUAUGUAUCUGGAUAAUUUUUUUAAUAUUUACAACUUAUCGUUAUCGUAUAUAAAAAUUAUUAAUAUAAUAAUAAAAUAUUAUAAAUUAUCUUUUAAAGUGGUCCUAUAUAUUUUUGUAAAAUUAAAUUUCAAAAAUAAAAAUAAGUCACCAAAAAAAGUUAGGAUUUCCAAUUUCUGGCUUAUAAGUCAUAAAUUGACUUAUCUAAUUUAUCUUUUACACAAAUGGUAGAAAUAAGUCAGUGUCUAACUUGUAAUAAGUACAUAUCUUCGAAGUUAAUUGUGUACAAACAUAAAACAUACAGUAAUUAAUUGUAAGCAAACAAGCAAGACAUCUCGGCUUGCCGAGAAGUUCAGUUAAAUGGUCCAUGUUAGUGGACUUUUCAGGCUUAUAUAGCCUCAGGCUCAUGUGAACCUGGAUCUAUAAUAGUCCACACAGGCGGCCGACAAUAAUGUAGUACAGUAUGAAUUUAAAAUUAAGUCUUUGAAAUCUGAUGGCCACCAACUCAUGCACCGAAACUUAUCAAGAAAAUUCCAUGCAUUUUUGGUUUUCUUUCAAUCCAUACCAAUUUUUUAUUAUCGUUGAGUUAUCUAUCAGGAUGAUAAUAAUAAGAUAUUCGUGGUGAGUGAGCUGGGUUCAAAAUAUCGUGAUAUUAUAUUUAGAUAUUUUUAUUCAAAAAGUCUUCCCUAAUCUCUUCUUAUCGAUUGUACCAGUUGUUUUAAGGUCUUAUAAGAUGUACUCCCUCCGUCCCUCUGAGUUGUAUACAUUGGGGGACGGGGACGCGGCACGGACUUUAAUGCUCCUGCAAAAUGUAGUUGUGUAAUUUAUUUUUAAAAUUUUUCUUUUCUGAAUUAAAGUUUGGAUGUUAUAUUUUUAUACAGAAAAAAAAAAUCUCAAAAAUAAGUUACGGAACUAUAUUUUAUAAGAGCAUUGAAAUGCGUGUCGAAACGUAUAGAAUCAAAUGGGACAGAGGGAGUAUCAUAGUUGUUGAAUCAGUCGACCCAAUUAAUGGCUUCUACAAGUUCUCAGACUCCAUCUUCUUCUGUUUCAUAUUCGAUGUCUUUAGCUUCUCCAACUCCCCAUUCUUCUGCUUCAGCCCCACCUUCUAGCUGGGAUGUUUUUUUAAGCUUCCGGGGUACAGAUACACGAUAUACAUUCACCGAUCAUCUAUAUAAUGCCCUUGAUUGUCAUGGAAUUCGAGUAUUUAUGGAUGAUCCUGAGCUACGUACAGGAGAGAUAAUCUCAGACGCAUUGCUGGAAGCGAUUCAGGAAUCGAAGAUUUACAUUGUUGUCCUGUCAGAAAAUUAUGCUUCUUCAAGUUGGUGCCUUGAUGAGCUUGUCGAAAUCUGCAAUUGUUACCAAGCAAUGAACAGAUUGGUCAUUGUUGUGUUUUACAACAUCGAACCAUCUGUUGUACGGUAUCAAACCGGGAGUUACAAAAAAGCGUUCAGAAAACAUAAAUCCCGUUCUAAAAUUGGCUGUUUCAGAAAGGCUACGGAAAAUCGUAGAAUCCGUUAUGCAGCUAAAGUGGAGAAAAUGGAUAAAUGGCGCCUUGCACUUUCAACUGUUGCCAGCUUUUCGGGAAAAGAAAUAUCUUCAAAAAGGAGUGAAGCAUAUAUCAUCAAUGAAAUUGUAAAUGAAAUUCUACUCAACAUAAAUCCCAAGGUUUUGGAUGUUGCAAAAUAUCCGGUUGGCUUAGAUUCUCGUGUAGAAGAGAUUAGGACAUUGUUGAGCAGUGACACGGAAAAUGUCACUAAGAUUGGUAUAUAUGGUAUGGGUGGAGUGGGUAAAACUACUCUUGCCAAAGCUCUUUUUAAUCGACUUCUGCUAGGAGGAAGCUUUACGGGCAGCUGCUUCCUAGCAAAUGUUAGGGAGGUUUCUGCGGCAUUCAGAGGCCUGGAAUCUUUACAACAGAAACUUCUUAACGACGUUCUUAAAAGUAAGAAAAGGAUUGAGGUUGACAAUGUUGAAGAAGGAACUAAGUUCAUAAGAGAGAGAACCUGUUCAGCGAAAGUACUAGUUCUUAUUGAUGAUAUAUAUGACCGUAAACAAUAUGAAUCCUUGGUAGGGGCAUUUGCUUCUGGGAGUGUAGUCAUUUUAACUACAAGGGAUGAAGAGACACUGGAUAAAAUUAAAGUUGAGCCUAGAUAUCGAUACCUUUUGAAGGAGUUGGAUGAUGCUGAGUCACUGGCACUAUUUACUCAAUAUGCAUUCGAAAGUGUUAAACCAAACAACACUUUAAUGGAACUAUCUGAAGACAUUUUACGUCUUGCUGGUGGACUACCCUUAGCUCUGGAGGUUUUUGGAUCAUAUUUGUCUACACAAUCCGAGGUAGGAUGGAAAUCUUACAUCAAGAAGCUGCAGAGGGAUCCAGACAGCAGUAUCCAACAGAAACUUUUGAUAAGUUUAAGUGCCUUGGAAUUGGAGGAUCGUAUGCUAAAGAACAUGUUCCUUGACAUUGCUUGUUUUUUUAUUGGAAAGAAGAAAACGAAGGUGGUAGAAAUAUUGGAAACUUAUUAUUCAUACGCAGAACAUUCUAUUAAUAUUCUGCAGAAAAGAUGUUUACUUACGGUCAAUCAGAGUGCUGAGUUAAGGAUGCAUGACCUGUUGCGGGAUAUGGGAAGGGAAAUUGCGCAUAAUACCUCUCCUGACGAGCCUGGAAAGCAUAGUAGAUUGUGGAUAUUAAAAGAUAUACACGAUGUGUUGAACAACCACACGGGAACAGAAGCGAUUGAAGGUAUCAUAUGCUACUACUUUGAGUAUGAAGAUCCAUUCAGAGGAGAAUCAAUUGCUAUGGAAACAUUUAGAAGGAUGAGCAAAUUAAGAUUUCUCUACCUUAAAGGUGUAAAUCUCACAGGAAGCUUUAAACACACACUUGAAGAUUUGAGGUGGUUCUGUUGGGAUCGAUGUCCGUUAAUGUGUUUACCUUCUGACUUUGACCCGCAAAAGCUUGUUAUCCUUGAGCUGACUCAUAGCAAAAUAAGAACAAUGUGGGAGCUAAACAUGGUUUCGCAGGUUUUCGAAAAUUUGAAGACUCUAAACAUGUCCUAUUCUUCGGAUCUAAUCACAGGUCCAGACUUCACCAAAUUACCUUUCCUUGAAACUUUGAAUCUUGAGCGCUGUGAAAAAUUGGAGAAGGUCCACACAUCAAUUGGGAGUUUACAAAGGCUUAUUACCUUAAAUUUGAAGUAUUGUAGCAAUUUAAGAAGUCUUCCAGACAGUAUAUGCAACUUGCGAGCAUUGGAAGUCCUAAUUAUUAGUAAGUGCAGUAGGAUGGAAGCAUUGCCUAUAAAUUUGGGGAACAUUGAAUCCCUAAAAGUACUCGAUGCGGGAGAACUAGCUGUUUUGGAGUUACCAAAUUCAAUGGGAUGUUUACAUAAGCUUGUCAAGUUGGACUUAUCUCACAACUAUCAUGUGAAAACUCUUCCGAACACCAUUUGCAACUUGAGAGCACUGAAAUGGCUAAAUAUUGGGUGUUGCACAAGGCUGGAAGCAUUGCCUACAGAACUGGGGGACAUGGAAUCCCUAGAAGAGCUCAAUCUGGAGGUAACAAGUGUUUUUAAGUUACCCGAUUCGGUUGGAUGUCUUAGUAAGCUUGUUGCACUGAAUUUAGGUGGCACUAAGCUUUUAACCCUUCCGGACACAAUUUGCAACUUGAGAGCAUUGAAAGUUUUAAGUAUAAAUUCUUGCCGGAGUUUAGAAGCAUUGCCUACAGAAUUAGGGAACAUCAGAUCCCUUAAAGAACUGAAUAUGAGCGGAGUAGCUAUCUCAGAAUUACCAGAAUCAGUCGGACAUCUAAGUAAGCUUGUCGUGCUGGGAUGUACCAACGGAAAACUUGUAACUCUACCGGAGACCAUUUGCAACUUAAGGGCAUUGGAAUUUCUAUACAUUGCUCAAUGCAAUAGUCUGAGAGAAUUGCCAAUAGAACUAGGGAACAUCAAAUCCCUAAAAGUGUUCAAGGCACGUGAGCUAAGAGUUUCAAGGUUACCAAAUUCAGUCGGGAGUCUUACUAAGCUUGUUGAACUUGACCUAAGUGAAAAUCAUAGACUUGAGUCUCUCCCAGACACCAUUUGCAACUUGCGAGCACUUGAAAAGCUAAAUAUCAGACAGUGCAGCAGUCUGGAAACGUUGCCUACAGAGUUGGGGAACCUUAAAUCUCUGAAGGAGCUCAAUGCGGAGGGACUAGCUGUUUCAAUAUUACCAGUUUCAAUUGGAUGUCUUAGUAACCUUGUCGUGCUGAGAUUAAGUGGUAAUAGGAACCUUGAAAUUCUUCCAGACACCAUUUGUAACUUAAGGGAAUUGGAAGUUCUUGAUAUUAAUGGGUGCAUUGGUCUGGAAGAAUUGCCUAUGGAAUUGGGAAACCUCGACUCCCUGAAAGAGCUUAUUGCGGAGAAUCUAACUGUCCCUGUGUUACCAAAUUCAUUAGGAUGUCUCACUAAGCUUGUUGAGCUGAAAUUGAGUAAUAACUACAGGCUCAAAACUCUCCCAGACACUAUUUGUGACUUGACAGCAUUGAAAAAUCUUGAACUUGUAGAUUGUUGUUCCCUGUUGUUCAUUCAAAAACUCCCCCUCAAUUUAAAAUGGAUAUGCACUGAAGGUUGCACGUCUAUGGAAAGAUUACCAGAUUUAUCCAGCUUGACAAAGUUGGAGAUAUUGGACCUUGCAGAGUGUAGUCUUUUGACCGAGCUUCAAGGCUUAAAGGAACUUAUUUCCAUCAGAACAGUUUAUCUGGGAGGUUGCAACUCAGCUCUUAAGACAUUUGCCUUACGGAACAGCAAAUGCAGGUUGAUCUACUGUAGAACUGCAAGGAGGCUACAUGAACCACCUGUGCUGUUGAAUUGGACAAGAGGGGAGACCCGAAAUAUGGAGUCUUUAGUUCAGACAAUAACACACCUUUAAAUCAUCUCAAAUGUUUGACGAGACUCUGCUGUUCCUGCACUGUGGAGACGAUUGGACUCUUAUAUUGUUUUAUUUCUUCUGGUAAACACUAUUAUUAUUCAGUAAUAUAGUUGGAAUCGUCUGUGUUGCUAUUUAAAUAUUCGAAGUGUGCAUAAUUUAUAACAAGGACAAGAAUCAAUCUACCCUUUUAAGUUGUA